ACUCUUUUUUCCAAAGCAUGUGCAUGUAAUAUACAGCCAGUUGAUCAUGAAUCAUGCGGUUAACAUCAAGAUCAGCAUGGAAAAUUGGAAGGUAUUAAAAGGGAGGAGAGGUUGCGAGUACUGAAUAGAAGAUAAAGUAGAGAUGGCCAUUUGGGGUUUGCAGAUUGAUGAUAUGGGAUUUGGAUUUGGACUUGGAAGAGGGUACGAAAGUGGGAACGAGUGGGAGGAGAAAAGGUGGCAGGCGACAAGCAGGGUGAAAAAUAGGUGAUUUGGGUGAGGAAGAGGAAGAAUGACACAAGUCCUGGAGACAUUGCUCGUGAGAGGCUGCUAAAAUUCUUGCAAAUUUGAUUGUAAUGGGCUCUGGGAUUUUGAUCAGGGCAUUCGCUCAAGCUUAUCGUCAAGCACUUGCAAAUGCUUCAAAGACUGGUGUUGCUCAAGAGACGUUACAAAAUGUGGCUCGUAGGGGUAGCAAAAUUAUGACAGAGCAAGAAGCUAGACAGAUUCUUGGUGUUAGUGAGCAGUCCACGUGGGAGGAGAUAUUGCAGAAAUAUGACAAUUUGUUUGAGAGCAACGCCAAGAAUGGAAGCUUCUAUCUUCAGUCGAAAGUUCACAGGGCUAAGGAAUGUCUGGAAAAUGUUUAUCAAGGCAAAGAGCAGGGAUCUUCGGGCCAAAAUACAUGAAGGUCGCCUGUUCCUUGGCCAUUGCAUUCUUGUAUAUCAAAAUCAAACAGUAAUUGCUAGAAUUUUUGAGCCAAUGAGUUGCUUCUUUUCGUUUAAUCGCUGUUUUCUCAUAGCCAUGUCUUUGUACUCUGUAGCAUGUUUAUACUAACUUACUGCAGAUCCUAAAAGAUUAGUUGUUCUGUAGACUUACUGAUGAAGUGGAUGAUGACAUGAUUUGCCUCCCUUUUUGGCCUGAUCAAGUGAAUGAUGACACGAGUUACCUUCCUUUUUGGC